AUGCGAGCUGAACACUUGUUUCGAUUUCCUGAAUGGGUUGCGAACGAAGUUGUCGACUUUUACAAUUCUAUGGGAAUAUCUCAUUUAUUUGAAUGGCAACACGAUUUUUUAUGUAAAGCGACAACAUCUUCUGAAAAUUUGGUGUUCUCAGCUCCUACUAGUGGAGGGAAAAGUUUAGUUGCUGAGCUUUUAGCAUUACAAUUAUGCCUAACAGGAAAGAAGGUUGUAUUUGUUUUUCCUUAUAUUUCAAUUGCCCGAGAAAAACUCUCACAACUCCAAAGAUGUUUUCGUCGUGUCGACAUUCAAGUUGCUGGAUAUAUCGGACCACAAGCAAUAAAUCCGUUAGAAAUGCGGAUAGCAAUAUGCACCAUUGAAAAGUCUGCAAGUUUGAUAAAUCGAGCGCUUUCCGAAGAAUGGAUACAAGAUAUAGGAAUGAUUAUUGUUGAUGAACUUCACAUGGUUUGUGAUUCAUCGCGGGGAUCGCAUUUAGAAAAUAUGCUUGCCAAAAUUCUUCUUUGGAACAAAAUGAAUGCUGAAAAGAAGGUUCGAAUAAUUGGAAUGAGCGCAACGAUUCCUCAAAUUGAUUUGAUUGGAAAUUGUCUUGUCGUACCAUGUUUUUUGAAAUCUAACCCAGUUUUGGUGAUGUGCUCAUCGAAAAAAGACGCGGAGAAGACGUCAAUCUCAAUUGCGAUGCUUCUUGAUAAAAUGCGGAAGGCUAGAAACGAAAUAUUAGGAGUUUUGGAAUUGCGAAUAGAAAGACUACGAUUUUUGAAAGGACUCAUGGAAAAAAUUGGAUGCAAAGAUCGCGCAAUGUUUUCCGCGUUGGCUUUGUCUGUUGCAUUCCAUCAUGCUGGUUUAACGCUUGAGGAGCGCGACUAUAUAGAACGCGGCUUUCGAGAGGGUACUAUAUUAGUAUUGGUGGCCACAAGUACACUAGCUUCAGGUGUCAAUCUUCCCGUAGAGCGUGUUAUUAUAAAGGCUCAAUUGCGAGGACCGUCACCUUUGAAUCAAAUGACCUACAAGCAAAUGGUCGGGCGUGCAGGAAGAAUGGGAUUUUCAGAAAAGGGUAAAUAG